UUUAUUUAAAAUCUUCAGUUGCGUACCUUAUUGAGUUUUUAUCGAAAUCCAGGACGAUAAAAAUUCACAUAAUUAAUAGACAUAUAUUUCUGGCACUAAACAUACGCAGAAUAAAAGGCUUGUUCUCCUGCAUAUUUGCCUGGACAUUGUGCACAUCGAAUAUAAAAUCACUUUAAUCAUCCUUAGUUGCUUGAGGAGAAAAAUUUCAAGAAUAUCCAAAAUGUUUUUUGAUGAUGAGGGUAUGCCCUUCGAUCCGUUCAACAUUGGUCCAAACGACUGUAAGCGCCUGGAUUACGACGUACCCAACACGCCAUCAUAUCCACCCCCAGUGUUUGCCUCAUGGCCGCCACCAAAGAAAUGUACGCACAAAUCAGUGUCGCAAAGCACGGUUGUCAAGCGGGAAUUGACUGACGGGUCUUAUAGUUUCAAAACUGAUCCAUCGCUGAUGGGAGAAGUGGAGAUAUCUAAGGCCAUAAACGAGGAGAUGACCGCUUCCAAGCGGCCAGUACCUGCUGAAAAGCGCUAUCGUUUCGGUGUCAGGCACAAAAGAUCUCGCGCUUCGUUUUGGUCAGCAGCGCAGAAGUCUAUGAUGACAGUAACGCCCGUGAGGCACCAUCGAUUAGCGGAGAAAUCAAGUGAGUUCCUCCAGGCGAGCUCUGUCAGGUCUCAAACAAGCAAAGAUAGAAUAUCCUGCUCCAAUGCGAAGAAACGAGCUCACGCAGGUGGCAAUGCAGAUAAAAAAUCGAUUGCUUCUAGAAUAUCCAGUGCGAAAGAUGUCAGCCAAUCAAAUAUUCAAGAAACUAAAAUCAAUGCGUCAAACACAUCAAGCAACAUUAACAAAAUCACACCUUCACUGAGGGAUGUGGCCGAUUCAAUAAGAAAGGAGCUAGCCCAGACGGUGAAGAUAUCCAAGGCCCUGGCCGCUAAGGCGUCCGAGUUGAGCAAACGGCUGAGAACCGGCAGCGAGUCCCCGGAAAAGGUAGUCCAAAGAUCGAGAAUCACAUAUAUUUCAGGAUGAUGUGCUUGCCUAAAUAUUUUCUGCAUUUACUGAUGCCACGAAAUCUUGUGCCUAGUAAGGGUUUCAUAAUAAAAAGUAAUGAAAAAAAAAAACUUACAGCCGGACAUGGUUGACACGACUUAGGUCAACCUGAUCAAGAAUAUAUAAGCUUUGUGGGGUCGAAGUUGCCUGUCUCUGUAUCAUUCCUAAUGUGUAAAGGGCAUUUAUGCUUUCUAGAUUAUACA